UCUCGCAAUUCCAUCGUCGCCACAGGGAUGCGGAAUGACAGUAUUGAUCGAUUUAGUUUAUUUCUCGUGUACGGAUGGGAGCUACUAUAAGAAGCAGUGGGACAAGCUUCCAAUCAUCAACUCACAUUAGCUUUCUCUAGAUCUUCUCCCCAGCAGCAGCCUAAGGCAAUCCUCCAGAUCCGCCCAAGGCAGCUGCUUAACCUCACGAAUUAAUUUAGUGCAUAACUGCAACAAUGGCGGCCAAACUGUCAUCCUCUGUGCUCCUCUUCAUCGGAUUGGCAGUGCUUUAUGCUGCCAUAGCCGAUGCCCAGCUUUCUGAAAGCUUCUACUCGAAGUCUUGUCCGGGAGGUGUGGCAGCGGUGGCGAACGUCGUCAACACUGCUGUUCGCAACGACAGGCGAAACGCUGCUGGUCUUCUCCGUCUGCAUUUCCAUGAUUGCUUCGUCAGGGGAUGCGAUGCAUCUGUACUCUUGUUCUCAACCGCUAGUAGCAAGGCAGAGAAAGACGCCCCCCCAAAUCUAUCACUGCAAGGAUUCAGCAUCAUCGAUCAAGCGAAAGCUGCACUUGAGAAGACUUGUCCCGGUGUUUUCUCUUGCUCUGACAUUCUCGCCCUGGCUGCAAGAGAUGCCAUCUCUGUCAUUGGAGGGCCACAGUGGAAGGUUCCCUUGGGACGCAGGGAUGGAGUGGUGUCACUCGCAACUGAAGCCAACUCGAACCUUCCCAGUGACAAAUCUAGCUUCAGUGGCCUCGUGAGCAACUUCGCCAAGAAGGGUCUAUCUGAGUCAGACAUGGUUGUCUUGUCAGGUGCUCACACCAUCGGACUUACAGUCUGCAAGUCCGUGACUCCCCGCAUCUACAACUUCGCCGGUAGCGUGAACGGUGCCGAUCCUUACCUGAACAGCACUUUCGUCACUGAGAAGAGAGGACUGUGCCCCAACAACAAGAGCUCGGCCAACAAGUUCAUCGCCAUCGAUUCCACCAAGGGAGGACAGAGCUUCGACAAGAACUACUACAGCAACGUAUUCGCUCACAAGGCGAUCUUCAAGUCCGAUGAUGCUCUCAUCUCCACCUCCAGCGGUCGCACCAAGGUGCUCGACAUCAUCAGGUCCCCACAAUCCAAGUUUUUCUCUCAGUUUGGACUUGCCAUGGAGAAGAUGGGCAGGAUCGGUGUUUUGACUGGCUCCCAAGGACAGAUUCGCAAGACUUGCUCGAAGAAGAACUAGAGUUAGCCUCAGCCAUUGAACACUCUGUAGUUUUAGCCUGUAGCCAUCUAGUUUAGUAGUAGGUUUAAACUUCACUCAAGUUGCAACGUGAACAAUAACUGAUUCACAGUGUUUGGAAUCAUCUGAAACAUCACAUCUGCACAACAUUAAGUAAUCGGCAAUGCUAGGUAGUCAUGGUAGUCAUCAGCAAUCAGUAGUUUCCGAGAAAGGCUUAACUUUUGGAUCCUCUUGGUCGAUGUCUACGUACUUAAUUAUUCGCUCAGGACUUAGGUAGGAGCAUAAAGAGUUUUUUGCGACUCUCUUGAAUCUAGUUAGCUUGAAAACCAUAAAGAUAACGUCACUCUAUAUUCAGGGUUUCGCUCGCAUAUGCUUACGAUGCAUAUGAGCAGAACAACCUGCCAUUCUUUGCUUCGAUUACUUUUAGAAUCGAAGCCCCCCAUUCUUUAUCAUUGAACAGUCAAUGAUUACAGUAAAAGAGUAUAUUCUCGAAAUCAAUGCGUAAGCUUUUUGCAGUUUCAUCGUCUUGAGUGUUUUUGCGGUUAAAAUUUGAGUAGGGGUCACACUCUUCAAACUCUGGAGGUCGAUGGUCUGGAGAGCGGCUUCAUCUUCAGCAACUUGGGUCAAGAAGAUGUAGACAAAGGUCAGCGAAUCUGUUACUUCUGCUUUCCUUUGGCAGCUGGAUCCAUGGGCUAUAUCUGCAGUCCAUAUUCAUAUCAACGAAACUGGGCUGCCUCAGAUGUCAGUGACUUGCAGCUUUGCUGCUUUCCGGGGACAUGACAGGACACCAGGGUGGGAUUUUUCUUGGGGCCAUGAUGUUCACGCGCAGGCUUCGUAUAGCUCAAUUUUUGCUUCUGUUAGAACGGAAAAGUGAGAGUCGAGGA